AUGAAUGACAAUCUCUGUGUCUCUAUGUUAAAAUUGGCUAUUAAGGAGGCAAAGAGCACUGCCGGAAUUCAGAAAAUUGCACAGGUAUGUAAUAGAGAUGGAAGCACUGGAGAGCUUUCAUAUAAAAUCAUCGAAAUUAUAGGAAGAGGGACGUUUGGAUUUGUAUCAAAAAUAGAAACAGCUGCAGGAAGCGUUUAUGCUCUGAAAACUGUCUACGAGAAUAAUAAAUACAACAAUAGAGAAUUGGACAUACUCCUGAAGAUUGAUCAUCCUAAUAUAAUCAGGUUGCAUUCAUACUUCUUCUCGCAUGCAACGGUAGAGGGUCAUUAUCUUUACAUGUGUUUUGAGUAUAUUCAUACUAGCUUCCAGGAUUUUGUGAUAGAUAAGGCCAGGGAUGUUUGCCUUGUAAAGCAUCUAUAUAGACAGGCAGUAGAGGGGUUGAACUAUUUGCAUUUGAAGGGCAUCUGCCACAGAGACAUAAAGCCUUCUAAUCUUCUUGUAGACCAAAAUAUGAAUCUCAAAAUAUGCGAUUUCGGGUCUGCUAAACUUCUUCGUCGGAAUGAGAGCAAUAAUCAUUAUAUCUGCACUAGGUACUACCGAUCUCCCGAGAAUUUGAUGGGACAUGCCAGAUAUUCAACCAAAGUAGACAUUUGGGCACUUGCGACUGUCUUUUGUGAGUUUAGGACCGACUUCCCGAUUUUUAAAGGGAAGAAUACAAUAGAUGUAUUGGAGAAAAUCUUUGAAAAAAUUAAAGUGUCGCAGAAGCUACUGAAAAAGUACGGCUACAAACGCAGGUAUCUUGAGAAGAGGAUAGAGCCAACAACAAACUUUAAUGAAUACCUCAUGGGACAUUUUCAUGACAAACCACUGGUGGAUGUUCUUGUAUCAUCCCUGGAAAUAGAUCCAAAAAGACGGAUUGACACAGAAGCAAUAUUACAAAGAAAAAUGUUAGAAUGA